AUGGGAAAGGCCCAUAAUCAAAUAUGGGAAAGGCCACAGUGGAUGGGAAAGACCCAUAAUCAAAUACUGGAAGGACCACAGUGGAUGGGAAAGGCCCAUAAUCAGAUACGGGAAGGACCACGGUUGAUGGGAAAGGACCAUAAUCAGAUAUGGGAAGGUCCACGGUGGAUGGGAAAAGACCAUAAUCAGAUAUGGGAAGGACCAUGGUGGAUGAGAAUUGCCCAUAAUCACAUGUGGGAAGGACCAUGGUCGAUGGGAAAAGACCAUAAUCAGAUAUGGGAAGGACCACGGUGGACAGGAAAGCACUAUAAUCAGAUACGGGAAGGACCAUGGUCUAUGGAAAAGACCAAAAUCAGAUAUGGGAAGGACCAGUGGAUGGGAAAAGACCAUAAUCAGAUCCGGGAAGGACCAUGGUGGAUGGGAAUGACCCAUAAUCACAUGUGGGAAGGACAACGGUCGAUUGGAAAAGACCAUAAUCAGAUAUGGGAAGGACCACGGUGGACAGGAAAGCACUAUAAUCAGAUACAGGGAAGGACCACAGUCAUGGGAAAAGACCAAAAUCAGAUAUGGGAAGGACCACAAUUGAUAGGAAAGGCCCAUAAUCAGAUUCAGGAAGGACCAUGGUGGAUGGGAAUGGCCCAAAAUCACAUGUGGGAAGGACCACAGUUGAUGGGAAUGGACCAUAAUCAGAUCCAGGAAGGACCAUGGCGGAUGAAUGGCCCAUAA